CUCGACACGACUAUCGCGAACCAACUACGCCAGCAGAACAGCCAUGGACCCGUGGCAUGUGAUCUGCUGGCCAGACGCACUCGACACAGCAGCUAUCGUUUGCUCUGCAUUCUCUCACACCGCCAAUAGCACUCCAGCAUAGCGGCCAGCUGCGGCGAGCAGCCACCAUCUCCACCAUGGACGACCUCCGCGAACAGAUAGAGCUCCUCGAGAGCAGCGCAAACCUCUCGACCAGCAUCUACGAUGUGCAGAAGUCUAUUGACCUGCUCACUGCAGCUCGUGAGAAGAUUGCGGCGGACCCCUCAAAGGCGCCGUUGACACUUGCAAAGCUGCAUGAUCCCUUCAAGAAGACCAUGGAUGCGGCGCAGAAGGACCUGAAGCCUAUCUACUCUGGCCUGAAUAAGUACGGUAAAGCGUUAGAUAAGAAGUUCAAAGACAAACCCCUCCCCAGCGCCGACAACGAUGCCCUCUCUUCACAUCCGUCCCUGAUCAACCGCGCCAUAGCCAUGCACCUUCUGCGAGAGGGUCAGUUCGACGUUGCCUCUACCUUUGUUGAGGAAGCACACCGACACCCACCACACCCCGAGCCCACACUAAACACACCGGAUCCAUCCAGAACCGACUCAUGGGAGCAAGAUCUGGCAGAAGGGACGUUCAACUCGGAGAAUCUGCAGCGGCAGUUCGCGGACAUGUACCACAUCCUACACGAGCUGCGCAACGAGAGAAACCUCGAGCCCGCGAUCCAGUGGGCACGAGAGAAGAGUGACAUUCUGGAAGCGCGAGGCAGCAAUCUCGAGUUCGAGCUCUGCCGCCUUCAGUUCAUCUGCCUGUUCGUCCAGAACCAGGACGAUUCCGUGGACGACAAACCCGCUGGCCCAUUGCGCGCCUGGAAUUACGCACGGCAAGCCUUUGGCAUGUUUUCGCAACGCUACGCGCGCGAGAUUCAGCACCUCAUGGGUGCCAUGGCCUACUACGAAAACGUUGAAGACUCACCCUACCAACGCUACUUCUACAACGACGCUGCUUGGGAAGAGGUUGCCCACUCCUUCAACCGCGAGUUCUGUUCCCUUCUUGGGCUCAGCGCAGAUUCACCCCUAUUCAUCGCUGCGACAGCUGGCGCUAUCGCCCUGCCUUACCUGCUGAAAAUGCAGAGUAUCAUGAAAGAGAGGCGCGCAGAAUGGACAACCCAGAACGAACUACCUGUUGAGAUCCCAUUACCAAGUACAUACCACUUCCACUCUAUCUUCGUGUGCCCAGUCAGCAAAGAGCAGACCACAGACGCAAACCCACCGAUGAUGAUGCCCUGCGGCCACGUCAUAGCCAGCGAAUCGCUGGACAAGCUGUCCAAGGGUGCGCGGUUCAAGUGCCCGUACUGUCCGACUGAGAGCCAUCCGCGAGACGCGAAGAAAGUCGUGCUGUAGAACAGACAUUAGGGGCGGAGUUCAGGGCCGAUUGGGUACGUGGUGAAUUGGCAAGAGGUUAUCACUCGCAACAGGAUGCUUGAGAUAUUGAAGCGUGCCAUGAGAAAGUUCGGGACUAUAUUGGCGUGGAAGGAGCUGGAUGGGGAGAUUUUAGUCGUGCAUACCAUGGACUAGGCGUUACGGAUGAUUAUAGGCGCCCUUGACUGAAUUGAGGAUUGCCUGGCUUAGGGUGAGUUCAUGUACAGUCUCCGGGUGGUACACUCUGCUCUUAGGUUCGAGCAGCGUAUGUAGAGCUGUGAAUAUGCUAUUGCUAACUCCGA